AUGUUGAUUGAUGUUGACCCGACAAUGCGGAUCUUCAAUGAAGAAGUGUUUGGUCCAAUUUUGACCAUGAUAAAGGCAAAAGACAUUGAUGAUGCCAUUGAAUUGGCAAACAGCACCGACUACGGCUUGGGAAACUCCAUCUUUGGUCGCGACUUCACACAAUUGAGUUAUCUUGCCGAUAGACUAGACAGUGGUAACGUUGCCAUCAAUGACUUUGCUACAUAUUACGUGGCCCAACUACCAUUUGGUGGGGUGAAAAAGUCUGGAUAUGGCAAGUUUGGAGGAGAGGAGGGUCUUACCGGACUAUGCAAUGCCAAGUCGGUGGUUCUGGAUAAGCCCUUUUUGCGGAUGCUUGGCGUUGCUACGGCCAUCCCGCCACCCAUUGACUAUCCUAUCGCAGACGAUAAGAAGGCGUGGCGGUUUGUAGAGAACUUGAAUAUUGCCGGCUACGACGGACGUCUCUGGGCAAAAGUGAAGUCAUUCAAAAACUUGGCCAAGAGUUAG